CUCACUCCCACUUUGUUACUCUGCUUUUUUAGAAGUGAUCCCAGCACGUCAGGUCUGACUCUGCUCGCUCAUUUGUUCUUCUCUCCGUCUCCGUUUCAGACCUGCUUCCUACACGUGGGAGAAGAAGGAUGGAGAGCUCCCCCCACUGGCCAAACAAGAUGGCGCUUUCCUGCGUUUUGAGAUGCUCAACAAAUCCGAUAACGGCGUCUACCUUUGUAACGCCGACAAUGGCAUCGGGACCAGCAAGGGGGAGUACAGCCUGGUGGUACAAGAUGCUGCAGCCAACAUUACAGAUCCCACAGCCAUAUCGGCCUCUUCGGGGGUGGACCUCGCCGUGGUCGGAGGGGUGGUCGCAGUUAUUGUCUUCAUCCUGCUUUGCCUCCUCAUCGUCCUUGGCAGAUACCUCAUCAGACACAAAGGAACAUAUUUGACCCAUGAGGCCAAGGGCUCGGACGACGCCCCUGACGCGGACACGGCCAUCAUCAAUGCAGAGGGGGGCCACUCCGGAGCAGAAGACAAGAAGGAAUAUUUCAUCUAGAUCAGGGAGAGGUCGAGGAAAGGUGCAGAAGGAGGAAAAGUUGAUGGACGUGGGGUUGCAGGUGUAGAAGAGACGGGAGGAGUGAAGGAAAAGAUAAACCUCCAUUUGUUUUCACAAUGCUUCAGUUCUUCACUCUGUUGGAGGGAUGAUGGGGGGAAACAUGGAGGGCAAAGAACUGUGGGAAGAAGGAUAAAUGGAUGUGUUGAGCUUCACCUGGUUCGACCCUCUUUGCUUUGAUACAGGGACGUGAGAUUUUGCACUGACAUUAUGGAUGAACUGAAGUCACACACACACACACACACACACACACACACACACACACACACACACACACACACACACACACACACACACACA